GCUAGUCGUUCACGACCCUUGCAUCAGCGACAACAACACUCCGUACUUGGUCUUCGACGGUCCUACUUCGGUUGUUCGUGACUUCAAUGGCAGCGAGUUACGACGGCCGACCCUGACUAGGUGGCGGCAACUGGGGAGGAUUGUGAGAUGGUGGCGGCUGAAAAAUGUAGCUAGGGUUAGGGUUAUGGAGGAGUCGAUGGCUAUAUACCCGAUUCACAUAACAUCCACCCAUAAUGACGAAAUUGGCCCCUCCUUCUCCAAUUUCUUUCAAAUCUAAUCCGUAUUUACCCUUUCAACCCUCGCCCUUCUAAAUUCCUUUCAAUUCAGGCCCAAUUAUCAAACUUCGGCCAUGUUAUCCGUUUUAGUCCUUUCUCCUCUCAUUCUUUUCAACUUUAGUCCCAAACUUACACUUUAGUCCCUGAUUCCAUAAAAUCUUUGUAACUUAAAUCCCAAAUUUAUACCUAACCCCCAAAACUAACUUCUUGUUGCACUACUUCACAUUUAGGGCUAUUAUUCUUUUAUAAAUCUUUAUCUAUUUAUUUAUAUAUUAAACUGGGUGUUACAAAGUAAGCCCUGAUUUAAAGAAUGUGUGUAUUUGGUGUGUAAACCUAAGAUUGUCUUUGGAAACAUACAUACCUUAAUACUAGUAUAAAAGUAUAAAUAAAGUACAUAGUACGUAUUACCAGGAAAUAACCUAAAUAUAGUUAUUUGUAUGAGUACUUUGGAAUACAUGUCUUAUAAAAUGAUUUAUGAUGAUUUCAAAAUGUGAAGUGUCUAAAUCUUGUAUAAAUUACUUGCCAUGUGUUUUCAUUUUGACUGUAUUUAUUUUUGCAUUGCAUGAAAAUGAUUUUACAAUGAGUUUUGAGAAAGAGUUCGAAUAAUUUUAAGAGUUUUUAUCAUGAAUCCAUAUACAUUCAUGUAAGAGGGGAAAUGACUAGUGCAUCCUUCCAAAUUUCAUGGCAAACAAUAAUUAUAAAAACCUAUGAGUAGUGUGGUAUUCUAGAUGUGCCCCACUUAUGGGACUGGUGAAUGAUAGCUCAAUCAUACCCUUGAUGACGACUAAUGACAAAACGAGCGAAGUUGUGAUGUAGGGUGCUUUGUGCUAUAUCAUAGUCUUAAUUACUAUCAAAAUGAGAAAGCGAUGAGUGGGAUGAUGAUGUGCCUAAGCCGCCACGGAAGAGUCAUGCCCGACCGAGAAACUUGGCGCCUUGGCCGAGCCAAAAGGAAGCAGGCUCAGCGCCCACCAACGCCCCUAAGAGCAGGGCGCCCCGGUGAAAGGCUCGCGCUCGCCAGGGACGCUCCCGACAUCAAGACAAAGGGUACGGUCAAGCGACAAGGAAAAUGAUCAGAGCAUUACCAUCGGAGCCAAUGGCAGUACUCUCACAGAAAGAGGCGCACAAUCCUCCAAUCAACACCUCUGACCUUGUCCUCUACAAGCGAUCUUGUCCUGUACGGUCGAGUAGGGUCGCUAGGUAUAAAAGGGCGCUAUCAGGAGCCCCUAAAGGUAAGCACUCUUCACCAAGCUAUUCCUUUCAGAUAUACCCUAAACACCUUAUAACUUGACCGUCGGAGCGUUCUUCCGGGAGUCUCCUCCCGGGAAGCGGCUGACGGUGACUUUCUCUUGUGACCUUGCAGAUACUUCCCAGCACCACGCCAGAGCAACGAAGCAAGGUCGCAUCAUGGGACGAUGAGAGGAAUAGAAAUUGAUGUAGUUUCAUAUUGCAUUAUAUUCUUUCCAUUUAUGUUUUAUAAAUGCUAUAUUUCUUAAACAUUUAAAGAUGAAAAGAGUAAUGAGUUGUAAAAAGAGUUUUUCAGAAAACAGAGUGUUUUAAAAAUGAAAAGAUAAAGAGGUUUCUAUAAAAGAGUUACGAUUUUGAAAAGAGUUUUCAAAUGAUUUGGGGAUAUGUCAUAUGUCAAGGUAUGAGUCAUUCCUUAACUACAAACGUCAGCAAAUCCUUGUAUUACUCACUAGUCAUUUUCAAUGAUAACCUACUACUAACAUAGUGACAUGUAUUCAUGUGCGAGUAUUGAUUGAUGAUUAAAGGAUCGUGAGAUAUUUUAAGUGUCACUAUAAGGUAGUAUGUGAUGUAGUAGUAAGUUACUUAUGUAAUGAUGUGAUGUAGUAGUAACUUACUUAUGUAAUGAUAUUUAAAAUAUAAAGCCAAAAUAGGAUAUUUCACUAGGUAGCAGCUCAAGGUGGUCGUGGUAGUGAACUGGUGAAAUACAACCCAUUCAUUCAAUUGGUAAGUAAUUUGCUUCUGGGGUUUUUUAUGAAUCUUCAAUUAACUUUAAAAUUAAUGUAGUAAUCAAUGUACAAUGAUCACAAUCGAUCUCUUAGUUGUUUGUUCUUUAGAAGCACGUUAGGAACUUGAUUCGAGGAAUAAUGAUGAAUCAAAACAUGUUGGGAGAUUUGAAUUUGGUAUUCUUGGUUGGCUUCUUACCUAAUUUCUAACAAUGAUGACAAAGUUUUGUUAUUAACAAGUGACCAUAAUUUAAUUACUUUGACUGACUUUGUCUACGGGAAUUGGGUUUACGGUUUCAUUUGUUGGGAAAAAAACUUUGUGGGUUAAGCAUUCACCAACUUACUCUCGCCUAGUUGAUCUUUAACUAUAACAAGGAAAACAUAGACACAUAGGCACACACUGAGAAAUCCAAGAUAACUUACAAUUGGAAAGAACGAAUGGCAAAGAUAGUGCACCAUUGGAGGAUUUAAGAUACAACUUUUGGUCAAUUUCAUAAUCAAUUUACAUAAUAACAUAUGCACAAAAAUAGAUUAAAAAUAUUAGCAAAAAGUUUGUGUAUGUGUGUUUGAAAUUCACAUGUUUAUCGCAUGUCUAUUUUCUGUUUUUAAUUGAGGCAUUUUUUUGUGUUUAACUCGUGAGGCUCUUAUGCUACACUAAAGAAACCACAAUAAUGUGUUUUGCGUAUCAGUGCGUAUAUGUUUAAAAUUUGGGAAAACUACAAUAAAGUCCCUAAGUAUUGCCCGUAUAAUCGAUUUAGCCCUUAUAUAUAUAUUUUUUUGCAAUUUAGUCCUAAAUACCUGUAAACGUAAUCAAAACGAGAUAUUUAAUAGGUUAGCCGGUAUCUAACUGAUGUGGCAGCUUACGUGGAAGUCAUCAUGUUAAAUAACAUCCUACGUGCCAUUUAAGAGGGCUAAAUCAUUGAAUCGAGCUCGUCUUCUUCAAUCUCCAGUCAAAGGAGCGAACGAUUAGGGCAAAUUGGCAACAGGAAAUCGAUGUCGAGUUCGUCAAGCACCAACAUCAGAACGUGCUAUUGUGGAGAUAGGGUUGGAAUGUGGACAUCAUGGACUCGAAAGAAUCCAGGUUGGAGGUUUUUUGGUUGCCCAAAUUACAUGGAUGAAGAGAAGGACUGUGGGUAUUUUCGUUGGAUUGACCCACCACUAUUGAAUAAGUGGUAUAAAGAAAGAAUGUAUGAGUUAGGAGCUGUUGCUAAUGGGGGUGUAGCUAUUCCUUUUAAUAACCCUGUUAAUGAAGGUGAAAUACCUGUUGAUGGCCCUAUUGCCCCUGUGAAUGUUGAUGUCCCUAUUGCCCCUGCGAAUGCUCUUGAACCUGAUAAUCAAAUUGCAAUGUGUGACAAUACACAUGUGCCUAGUAAUGAAUUUGGAUUCUGCAAGUGGAUGAUGGUUUGUUUUGUUUGUUUCAUUGUAGGGAUGAUGUAUGGUUAGUUUAGUGUAAGUUGUAGGGUAUUAUGGUAUGGUAGGGAUGAUGUAAUCUUUUGGUUUGUUAUCAUGAUGUAAUAGAUAAAUGUUGUUGU